AUGCUAACGACGGUGAAUCUGACUACAAAACCUUGGGAGAAACGCUCCUACGACGCUAAACUACAUUUUUGUAGCCAGAAAUUAGCUAUACAAAGGAAAUCACGACCUACCUCACGGCGGCAACUGAGGCGUCCGUACUUCGAUGUCAGUACCAAUGUUCAGGUGAGGAUGAAGAGAGAUUUUUGGAGUUUCUUGGUUAUAAUUAUUCUGCAGAAAUUGAAGAAUGAAUUUGAAAGAGGGUUAAUUGAUUCUUCUGUAUUCAAAUUUACGAACUGUGCUGGUAUGGUGAACUUGCAGGUUUGCGGGACUGGUUUUGAUGAUUGGUCAUGGAAGUUGGAAUGGUACAAGAGAUCUUUGGUACGAUGUUUGCAAAUGAAGUUGAGCCUAAUUUUGAGGCAUGAAUAUUUGGAGAAGUUUGGAAGUGAAGAUGGAAGGCAAAAUUGGAUGGAGACUUGA